AGAUUGUAGUCAUAAUACACACACAUACUGAUUAUAAGUACGUACUGUUUCAACGGCAAUGCACUAUGUCCUGUCAUAGUGCGCGAUUUCAGUUUGUUAUGACAUAAUAAUGACAUGAAAGACGGGGGAAAUGAUUUGUCUAAAUCUCUCGGCAGUUUGGGGUUUAAAAGCAUAUCGACUAGUUAAGCCGGGUUGUAUUUGGGGACGUGAGCGACUUCGGCGCACGGUGUCGACGUUGCGUAAUGACGCAGGGGGGCGUGGCCUUGUCCAGCACGCGCACGUUCUGAAGCGGGGUCGCGUCUAUAAGCGGCAUUAAGGCUUCUGCUUAAUGUCGAGUCGUUGGUGAAAGCUGUAGAGAAGUGCCUUAUAACAUCGGUUCUGUAGAGUUGGUUUUUAAGCAAGCUAAAACUUGGUAUGGGAAAGAAGCAGACCAGCAAAUCCAAGAAGGAGAUGGAGGAGCCAGAAGAGUUUGUGGUGGAGAAGGUAAUGGACCAGCGGUUGGUGAAUGGAAAAGUCGAGUUUUUCCUCAAGUGGAAAGGCUUCCCAGAUUCUGAUAACACUUGGGAGCCUGAAGAAAAUCUCGACUGUCCUGAGUUAAUUGCUGCCUUCCUGGAGUCACAGAAAGGCGUGGUUGAGAAGCCUGACUCCAAUAAGAGGAAGUCUUCCACAGAUGAGCCAGAGACUGAGGAGAACAAAGCCAAGAAGAAGAAAGAGUUGAAUGAAAAACCAAGGGGGUUUGCCAGGAACCUGGAACCGGAGCGGAUCAUAGGGGCAACAGAUAGCAGUGGAGAACUGAUGUUUCUGAUGAAAUGGAAGGAUUCAGAUGAGGCAGACCUGGUGCCAGCACGAGAGGCUAAUACACACUGCCCACAGGUGGUCAUUGCUUUCUAUGAGGAGAGGUUAACCUGGCACUCAUGCCCAGAGGAUGAACAGCAUUAGUGUUCUACAAAACACCUGUAUACUAUUCCAACCCUAAAGCUCUGGCUUGAGCCACUGUGUGCAACCUGGGGCCAGAAUCCUUUUCUUGUUUUGUGUUGCACUGUGGACAGCCUGACUGUUUUACUGCAUUGGGUCAAAAGGCCAGGGUGAAAAUAGGGGGUUUUUAAGAUGAAACUUGCUUCUGUUAGGCUGUUGUGCCACUUUAUUUUUGUUUGAUGCAUUUGUGUAUCUCUAGAUUUCCAUUUGCCUAUUUCCAUAAUUCAGUGUCCACUCAGUUCUUUUGCAUUGGGUUCAUACUUGACCUGAUUUUCAAUAGUUCUGCUGUAUAUUUUCUGUAAAUAUUUUUUCAGAAAAGGUUCAAUUAAAGGUAUGUGCCUUUCUUUUAA